GUGAUGACGCGCAGGGUCGCACAGACAGGAAUCCUGUGCUGAGUUCAUUGGGUUCUUACGUGAUGAGGCGCUCGCGGCGGUGACCCGAUACCCCGGGGGCAGGAUGCUCAGCCGCCUGCAGGAGCUGAAGAAGGAGGAGGAAACUCUGCUCAAGAUCAAAGCGUCCUUACACGACCAGCUCAACAGGUUAAAGGUUGAAGAACUGGCUCUCCAGUCCAUGAUAAAUGCACGAGGCGAUGAGGAUAUACAAGCUCCCCAUGAGGAAGCUGAAGAGGGAUCCUUUUUGGUGGAUGAUGAAGAGGUCAUAAAUAAGACAGAACUACAGCUUAGCACUAUGGAGAACUCUCAAGACCAGCAAGAAAUGGAGGAAGAGGACGAGUCAGACCCUUAACCCCUCACAAUCCACCACUGUCUCCCUCUUGGUUACAUAUGAACACCAACCGAGAUAUAAAGAUUCAAUCGAAUUUGGGAAAGAUCAGAGUUACAGUAAUAUUUCAUAGUUAAAACUAGAGAUGAUCUUUGUCUCGCCAAUUAUAGCUGGUUAAAACCCCGACAUUAUCACAAGGGGGAAUCUAAUGCUCAUGUAGAUCACUCGUUUUAGGCCUUGCCCAUAGGAAACCACUAAAUCAAUGUUUUUCUAUGGGGGUUUAGAAGACCCUGGGUGUCCUCAUGCAAAAGGUGAGGACAUCCAGCGUUGUCACAGCGUUAAACGCCAUGAAACAGCAGGAAGCGCCUCUUGUGGCUGUCUGGUAGACUAUCACUAGAGGCAGUCUUAACUCUGCAAUGAAAAAAGGGUAGUUUCUCUAAAGCUGCAAUGUUUUCAUCUGCAAGGUUAAGGGAACACUGUACCCAGACCACUGGAAUGAGAUGAAGUGACCUGGGUACCUAUAGUGUCCCUUUAACAGCAGCAGAAAGGAUAUAUCAUUGAUGGUGAUAAUUUAAUCUGCAUGCAUCCUACAUAGACGUUGGUGUUGUUAACCCUUUCAUGCAAUGCUUUAUUGAAGGAACACUCCCACCACCAUAACAACUACAGUUCAUUGUAGUGUUUAUUGUUCCAAGAGUGCCCUGGCGCCCCCUUCCUCCAUCAUAAGGAAUCAACCUGUUUUUGAGCAGUUUGACUUCUUACGUGGGAUACAUCAGCUGUGAUUUUUUUUUUUUUCUGUUACAAAUAAUAAUUUUCCUCUUUUACAUUGUGGGAUUUACACUCCGCUCUUAAAAGCACAUUAUUACCUUUUGCAGCAAAGGACCAAGGGCCUUAUUCUCUGCUACUGCCCUGCCAUGUGUUGCACGGCAAGGGCAUUCAGUGAGACCAAGUGGAUCUUAAAAUAUUAGGGUGUCAACUUCAGAGAUAGACCCAUGUCCAAGCACUGAAUCUGCAGUUUACAAAUGUAAAUAAAUUUUCUUUGUGUAGAUUUUAAA